UGUUAUCACUAAUUAUGGGUCAUUUUUUGCCCUGUAUCAUUUAAGUGUAAAUCAAAUUAUCAUUUCAUGUCGAAUUGAUCAUUCUAACCUGGCAAAGAGUUCAUUAAACAGUUUGCAUUCGCGUUCCCACUUAUUCAUUCUAUGACGUAAUUUCAUGUAUGAUGAGACAUGUCCCUUUAUCGUUUUGUAUUCCCACCAGAAGGACCGUCAUUCAUUGAAAAUAAAGAAAAAAUCCAAACUCAUUUAAUGGUAAACACAUUAAUUCAGGAAUGGGACGACGUUACAAGAACGGCCUAUUGCGAAGAAGACUGAGUGGCUUUAGAAGAAUACAAAUACCCCCUCGUAGGGUAUUGCGGUCAUUGAGAACGAGAGUACAGUAAAAACGAGUUUGAUCGUACAAAAGAAACAAAAAGGAACCCAUUCACUGGAAGUUCCUUAAGUUUUUCAGUCUUUAAAUCAGUUUUCAAUACUUGAUUUUCAGUUAUUUUGAUUUUUAAUGGCCCUAGUUAAAAGAUAGAGACAAAAAUUUGAAACAAAAUUUUGAAAAACGCAUUGCUACAAGAUUUCGUCAAUUUCCACCAAUGUGAUUGGCUGCCUGGCAAAAAUCUUCAGAUGCAAACAAUGGAGUGUCAGUUAUUUCCAGGCUUGGGUCAGCUUUUAAUUGCUAGAUCUAGUUUAAAUAUUUUCUUGCCUUUUUUAUUGUUGGCCAACGAAUAUUUACAAAAAUUAUUAAGUUUACCUCAAAAAUGCUUGCAAUGUUCUGGCUGUAUGUAAAACUAAUAGAAGCUAAUGGAAACUACUUCUAAAACGUCAGUAAUCUCCUUUUCACCUUUUAAUGUAUCUUAUUUGAAUGAAUGAUCCAUAUCGUGUUUUCGAAAUGCAUCUUGCGUACCAUAAACUUUGCCUCCAUCCUUAGAAGCUAGUGCCAGGGGCGUCGCGACCGGGGGUGUGGGGGGGGGGGUGUCACCCAAUAGUAUCUCAAUAGGAAAUUUCAGGUAAAAUCUGCUUGGUGGAAGAAACGCUUUAGGUAUUUCAGAGACCUUCAUGUCAUAAAAUCAAUAAAGGAUCGAGCAAAGGCAGUUUCUCCGUUGGUUAAAUAUGAUUUUCUUUGAUAUGAAUGAAGGUAAACAAACUAAUGAUUUGAAGAUUUGAAGAUUGCUUGUUAGCAAUAAAUAAAAACUCCAGACCCUUUUUAGGUAAAAUUGUGUCUUGUGUCCAUUUCUCCUAAAGUUUCUCAGUAGAAGCGUCAACUGCAAUUCACUAUGAGCUCCAGAUGUUUCUUAACAUUAGAAAGGCGUGCUAAGAUGGGGAGAGGGAUCUAAAUGUAGAAGUAACUGACAACCUGGUAUUUUUCAAGACCACGGCGAAAUUGUUGUUUUUAUCUGCUGUGAAAAAACUUUUUGCAAAAAAACAAUAAUUUUCAAUAGGAAUAGGAUUGCUUUAGUGAAAUUUGCUUAAAAGAGUGCAUUUUCCAGGGAAGUAGAAGCAUCAAAAUUCGAAAAUUUCCUCCUCUUUCGGCUGCAACCAUGGUGCGGCCUCAGGUAGUAACUAUACCCUUUGCCCGUCCAGAUAUAGAGAUUUGACAAGACUAUAAUGUAUUGCAGGGGUUUGUGACAGCAGCUAAAAAAUUUCAGCCAAUAAUAUUUUAAUCAGGUAAAUUUGUAGUCUACCCACGCCCCCCCCCCCAACGAGGCUUGCCUCGCGACGGCCUUGGCUAGUGCGACCAGCUCUAUGAGUGGUACCUACAAACGAGAUACCUAUUUUGUUGCAAACAACUUACUACAGCUUUCCUUUUCCAUGUGAUUGCCAGAGUUUAAAUUUGUUGGCUUUGAUUUCUUUAUGUACCUCCGUAUCCCCGGUCUGUUAUGACGCCCUGCAGACCUGUUGCCAUGGUACGAAUUAGAUGCCAUGAGUUUGGAGUCGCCUCUAUCAUGGUUAAAGUAACCUGAACCUUAGCAAGUCACUCAAAAGAAUGCACCUUUUAUCUGCUUUCUCUUAGUGUUGACAAGAGGUCGAAUCCUCUUAUCCUAAUCUAAAUAUUAAGUUUAGAAGCACUUGAAGUUGGUUUUGCAGUGUGCAUUCUUCAUAGUAUUUUGUGUAUUGGUUUGUCAUCAGUAUACCCUGUCAUCGAGAAAAGCCAGCUGUCACUCCCGGUGUCAUGUGUCACUGAAUAAAAACUACGCAGCCGUAAGCUUUUGCUUAUAUACGCUUAGUUACUGUGCAAAUACAAGUCUUCAAAUGGGAGAAUUGUCUCGGAAGUGAAUUUGCAUCAAAAUAAAGGUAAGAUGACUGUCAUGGAAAAUUUUACCUCUGAAACUGCAAAAGUACAAGCUGAAGACCAAAAGGAAAUCGACGCAGAAAACAGGAAAGGGAGCAAUUGUCAAGCAGAGAUGGACAUUUCGAAACGAGGUUUUGCGAGGGAGAGUGUUUUUCAAUUGAUCAUUGAUCCUAAUGAUCAGAAGAAAAUGGACAAGUGCAAAAUAAACAGAAAUAUACGAAAAUCUUUGAUGACGCUUGUAAUCGCACUUGUCGUGGCAAUGAUGUUUACGAUGACAGCCCUUUACAUAGCAGAGAGAGAAAGGAGAAUAAAGUUAGCAGAAGACUCAGAGUAUGCCAUGCUUGAAGCCCAGCAGAAGCUAGCAACAACAACGACGGCAACGAGGACUAUAGCAACGACAAAAAGAGCGGUGAAAACUGUCUCCACUGAACAGCCUGGAGCAAUUACACCAAUGAUAAGGCCUGAUGUUCCUGGAUGUGUCCCUGUUUUUGAUGCCCAUCCUUUGCUAACCAUUCCACCAGAAAUACAAAAUUUGACCAAAAUCCUUGACUUGCAAGUGGAAAAUCUUUACAAAAUGCAUCAAUUCAAGGCAGCAUCUGUAGCUUUUUCCUAUCGUGGAAAUAUUUGGUGGUCUAAACAUGUUGGAAAACUCAACUUUACAGAUUCCGACUCGCCUUCACCAAACAAUGACACGCCAUAUCCAAUUGCUAGCAUCACGAAACUGUUCACGUCCUUCAUGUUACACAAGCUAUAUGAAGAAGGAAAGCUUCGCCUUGAUGAUCCAGUAAAAAAGCAUGUUCCAGAAUUUUCUGUAAAAAACCCUUUUAACACAGAGCAAGUGACAUUGAGGCAACUUACUUGCAUGAUGUCUGGUUUACCAAGAGAAGCACCUUGUUACCCUUAUGAAGGUGACAAUUUUUGCCCUUACAAUUCAUCAGAAAUGUGGAAAAGGAUCGCAAAUAUGUCACUUAUUCUUCCACCUGACAAAAACCCAUCGUACAGCAAUGCUGGAUAUUCUGUUCUUGGUCGUACACUCGAGCGUGUUGCCAAAGAGAGCUAUGACGACUGGGUAAAAGAAAAUAUCAUCAAACCACUUGGCAUGAAAAACACAGGAUUUGAUCUAUUAGGGAAUGCCCACCGUUUUCCAGUCAGCUCCAACUUGGAUGGUUCAAUCGCAAAGAUUGUCGAAUGGGGAUGGCAAAAGCCUGCUGGAGGCCUAUUUUCGACAAUCAACGAUUUGAAUCAGGUAGCAAAGCUGAUGUUCGAAUUAUUGAAUGAUACUACUGUUCUACACAGAUCAACUGCAAGAAAUUUAUUCAAACCUGCAUACCUUUUCAACACUGGUCACGGCGUAGGAUAUGCAUUUGAGAUCUAUAAUUCUGGGUUUGCAAAAGCAAUGCAGAAGAACACAAAAAAUAUAAUAGAAUACCUUAUAUACAUAAAAAGUGGAGCGGUCCUCGGCUAUGGCAGCUACAUUGCUCUGAUCCCGGAACUAAAAUUUGCUGCAUUUUCGCUAGUUGCGCAUGGUGGAAUAGAACAUGCGGCAUCUGAACUUCUCAUGAUUCCUUUACAAGCAAUCUACCCGUUAGAAAAAGUUCUUAUUCAAAAUUUACCCAAGUACGUAUUUCCACCAAAUCCUGAUGCAUUCGUUGGCAAUUACAGUAUUGUUCAUUAUUGGCCACUUAUCAAUAAACCUGUUAAAAUAUAUGAACGAAAUGGAGUUCUGUUUCUAAAAAUCGAAUGGUUGAUCACGCCCUUAUCGUAUGAUUCUCCUUGGGUUUUGGUUACUGGUCACUUCAAACAAAACCCUAUCGGAGCAUGUGAGGACUAUUUCCUUAACAGUGGACUUUCAAAUAUGAAAUUGUUUUUCAAAAGGCCUUUAAAACAAGGUGGAAGGUCACCUAGAUUUCAUGUCUUUGGUAUAACUACGUACGGCUAUGCAGAGUUUAAAAGAGUUUGAUGUAAGUUCAGUAUAAUGCAAAUAAAAAUUAAAAACUAACGAAUAUUUGACACGUUCUCUUCCAACCACAUUUCAUGUGCUUGCUGUAUGGGCGAGAAAUAGAAAGCAGCAAAUGUAGAAAAAGAUAUGCAUAAAUGGCAGGCGACAGUAGAUAUUUCUUAACUCAAGAGCUGUAAAAAGUAUGAUUGGAAGGGCCAGGUGAUUGCUGCAAACCAGAAAAGCAUUUGGUUUUUGAGAUUCUGAGACCAAGCUCGGUUGCUACACAUAUACAUCUAGGAUUCAUAAAUUCAUGAAUCGAUUAAUAAAUUCAUGCCGAGAAGAAUUUGUAACGUAUAAACAUUCAUUCAGCUGAAAUGAAACGUUCUAAGUGACGAAAGCAUUUGCUCAAGAUUCUAUUAAUUAUGAAGAGUGUUUCAGCAGAAUUGGUUGUUGAUAUUUUCAUUCGAGUAUUGGGCAGAGCACUAAAGCAAAAAAAGUAUCUUUAUUGGUGUAUUACAACUAGAUAUAUUACAAUACUCUUAAGUUAUUUAUAACGAUGUUACUUAUUGUUCACUUAAGCUAGUUCACGUGUUUAGUUUCGCGUGUAGAAGAAGAGUUUUCGUGUAGCAGAAACCCCUGACAUUGAACUAUGGAGCAGGUGUUGUGUUUUUCGCCUCAACAGACAUGUAAGAACAAAAAGAAAACUGUUUACUACACGUUUUCCAUAUCUAACUUUCAACAUCCAAGUAC